AAUAUACGCUAAAAUAUAUAUGCUCUAUACAAAAUAUACGCCCUAUAUACGUUCUAUUCCUUAAAAAAAUAAAACUCCGAAAAGUCACUUCCCGUACUUGACAGCGUUGAGGUCAUAGUUCACAGGGUCGGAGGUAACCAAGAGAAAUCAACGAUUGGUUGAGAGAUUUCAACUGGAGUUAUCAUGCCCACCCUCUCGUAAUGCCAACAGUGGUGCCUUAUGAGUUUACAAGAUAAUCUAACGUUUAUAGUUAUGCACUGUUAUGUUGUACGAUUUAUGUUUUAUUCGUCUUCGUUUGACUUGAACAUAUUUUGGCUCUACAUGCAACGUUAGCUAGCCUGAUGUAAUUUCUAAAAUCGGUAAUAUGCCGGGAAAGUUAGCUAGCUAGCACUGUGUAGUGCUGCUCAGUGUAGCUAGCUAGUUACCAAGUCUGUUCGUGUACAAAUGUUAGCUUGUUGGCUUGCUAUGUUGCUAACAGAAAAUGUAGUCUAGCUAAUAUUUUUCUCAAUACCUAACACACAGCUAACAAAUAGUAGCUUAACACACAUUUAACAGGUUUUAAUGAACAUGUUUGGAAAGUGGUGUGACAUAUGCAGGCAGCACCUGUAAUUUGGUAGCAACGUUACGUGUCAGCUGCAAGGCUAGCCCAGUCUAAGCAUGUCAACGCCAAAGAUGACUUCUGUAUAUCUACCUCAUUGGGAAAGCGGCGAGAGAAGAAUUCGUUUCUUGCACCUUGCUGGUUCCAGCUCGUUCAAAAUUUGCGACAGUGGCAGUGCUGAGGAGACUAUGGUACCUCUUUUUCUGGGUGCCGACCUGUUCUCAAAAACCGCUAUUAGGACAGAGAAUCAUCCGAGAUACCAUGCCAAGUUUGCCAAAAAAGGGUUGGCAACAAAGCUUGCGUUUUCCUCAGAAUUCCGGUUUCACGGACUGAGGCUUCCCACAGCCAGCAGCAGUCUGUGGUUCUACAGCAUCCAAGGUCUCUUUAGGGUGGCCUUUGAACUGUACAACAAACAAGAGCAACUCUUUGUGCUGGAGUCAUUUCAGGAGCUAUGGAAGUCGCGAAUAAACGACGACCCCCUGAACGCGUGCUAUGACCUGAGCACCCAACUGGACGCCCCUCAGCCCGAAGAGAUUGUAGCGAUGUACGACAGAGAAACGCUUCACAAGCUGAGAUCUCAGAUCACCAAAGGGACACGUCUGGAUUUACCUCAGCCGACAGAGGUGCCCGAUGCAGCCCGCGAGGAGGACACGCCCCCUACCGACGGCAAGUCUACCGCCGACCACGACUACUGCUGCCCUGCCGACGGCGACUCGGCCGUUCGGCCGGACCACCUCCGCCUCGUCUUCAAAAAACUCGCAAGCUUGGAGAAGGCUUUGAAGGACUCAGAGCUCCAUUUGGGGAAGGAACAGCAGGAGGCCAUCCUCCUUCUGAUGGACCACACGGAGAGAUUUGUGGCACAGGGCCUGGAUGAGGAGGCGCUGGCCGACGCGGUGUCGGGGCUCCUGCGGACCCAGGGGCCAGGUCCCGGGGCAGGGGACUCCGUCUACUCCAGCCCCCUGCUCCGGGCCGUUGGCGGCUGGCUGGGCCGGCAGUUCCACGCCGCCAACGCCUGCAUCAGCCGGCAGGUGGAGGGCUUCAAGGUGCGGCACAUCGAGCGCAUCACGGACCUGCCGCCGGCCGAGGAGCUGGCGGGGGAGCUGUUCCCCGAGGCCAUGAGGGUGCUGCUGCUCAGCUGGAUGGGCCUGGACGAGGCCUCGGCCCUGUGGAAGCGCCAGAGCGAGUAUCCCAUCCUGCUCCUCAUCCUGGAGUUCGCCAACCACAACCUCAUCACCGGCGUGGCGCACGUCCUCUACUCCAGCCUCAUAUGCAAGUAGAGCAGGGAACUCCAACUCCGGUCCUAGAGGACUGCAGCUUCUGCUGGGUUUUUUUGUGCGUGCGUUUCAGCGCUCAAGUGACGCAGGUAACCAGUUUGUUAGCCAGAGUGCUUGCUCAGUUUGGCUGAAGACUCAUCACACCCUGUUUCCAAGACCCAAAUUGGCUGCAGAUUUAAAAAAAACCCAAAAACCAGCAGUCCAGCACAGCAGAGUAUGAAUUCACCCAAGCAGAGAGGAAACAUUGUUCCGCUCAUUUUUGCAGAACUGUAUGGCUGCUGAAAUUAGUCUAAUGAGAAAAUGCCCCAAAAAACCUGCUUGGCUAAGGGUUAGAUAUCACUUCUGUGAGAGAACUUUAAGGCUUGACAUGUUGCUCUUCACUUCACAUUACAAAAGCUCUGUGAGAAAAGCCCUUUAAUUGUACCAUUUAUUGGCUGUUCUAAAAGCCACGUCAGAGGAGAAUAGCUUUCAGAAAAUAAGAUCAGUUCGACACAUUGGAGUUCAACCAGGGUUUCCUCUAAUCCGAUUACAGUACACCAACGUUCAAUACAAUUCCAGGAAACAAAAUUCCAAUAAGCGUAAACGGGUUUGUUUAAAUGGACAACACUGAUCAUAGCCGGGUCGUGACAGCCGCUGGUUUGAUUCUUGGCCAUUAUAAACAGAUUUGUGAUUGUGUUCAUUAUGUGAACAUAAAUAUACAUAGCAAAU